AUGCGGGAAAUUCGUCGUCGCUUGGAUGUUCUUAAAAUACGACAAAGCAAUGAUUUGAUUGAGAUCCGCGAACGUAUUGAUAAUACCGUCCAUGAGGCAGUGCAGACGCUUAUUACGUAUCUCAAUUCGAAUGGUGUCCAUCAGAGAUUUAGUGACUGGGCCCAAGAUGAAGUUCGUGAAACAUUUGAGAAAAAAGGGAGUGACGGGGUCAAUCAGAUGUUUCAGAAGAAGCUGAGAGAUGUUAUAGAUGAAUGGGAAGACGAAGAGUUCAAGAAAACCAAAGAAUCCUUGUUGGAACAAAUUCGGCAGAGUUUUCAUUCUUAUGAAAGUCAACUUCGCAGUCUGAGAGGCAAUGUCACAGGAGGUUUUCCUAAUGUUCCUGGCAUCGACCCUUUACCUGAAGGUGUCAGUUUCCUGGGUCGAGUUUUUGUGAAAAUCAGCUGGUUCAUCCACAACUGGGUCCUUCCUUUCAGUUGGAUCUCUAAACCUGCAUUCUUAUCAUCUAAUUCUGGGGAAACAUGGGAACAAAUUCUUAGAAGCUAUCUGUGGUUCAAUUCUGAGACACGCGAUGCCAUAGAGGAGCUGUCUGUGAAAUACCUUAGCGAGGCCGCUAAAGAGGGUGUCCUCAAGCCUUUCGUGAAGAAAAUACUACAAGAGGCCGAGCAGUAUCUGAGCUUUAUUGAGACCCAAGUUCCUAAGGAAAUCGAAGCUGACAAGAGGUUGCUCGUGGAACUUUCCAGAGAAAAGCGCCCAGAAGGUGAGAUAACAGCAACCUACCGACCGAUUCUCGACGGCGCAUUAGAUAUCCAAGAGAAACUAGCAUUUUUUGGGCUAAGAGAAGUCGGUGCAGCAGAUAUCUGUAGUGAGUGGUUGGACUGGAAUCAAGGGUCAUAUAAACUCGGCGCUGGAAAAUUUUCCAUUAUGUACCGAGGAAAGAUGACAAGGCAUGGAGAAGAACAAGCUGUGGCACUAAAGGUCUUCCAAGAAGUUUGCCUCGCCAAAAAUGCAAGCCGUGUUAUUCAAGAGGCAAAUCAGUUGAGGUAAAUUGUUCUAAAUAUGAGUCUGGAAAAAAGGCGAAAAUAUUUUCCUUGCCUUGCGUUGUCAUGUUUGCAUUGAAUGAGCGUGUUUUAUCAGAGUAUAAAACACUGAUCUGUACCCAAGCUGUCAGGCCAUCUGUCAAUUUGUACCAUGUCUGACCAAUUCCCGAACUUCUCACUAAUCUCUUUUCGUUAACCGAAAGUAAAAUUUCGGAAUAAGCGAGUCAGUAAGUAGCAACAAAAGAACUAAACAAAGGUUUGUAAACAUUCUACGCGUUGUAAUUUACGUUAUUAUACCACAAGUAGAGACGAAAAUCACUAAAGGGAAAACGAAAUGGACUGUUCUAGGCUGAAAGGUGUUCACAUUCAGUCAGACUGUAAGCUUACGGACGGUAAUUAACAACAGACACACCUGAACUCGUACAGUAUAUAUAGUUUCGUGUUUACAAACAAAACAGCAACGAUGAAAAAAUGACCAAGCUGGCGUUACUGUUAAAAAUUUGUACAAAUCAUGGCGCCAUGGCGACUGCGAUCAUGCUGUGUUCCAUCGCGACCAGCUCAUCAUGGCGAUCCGUCAUCGUGGUGAAGUAAGCUUCAGAAAUUAAAUCGUCCGCCCGUCAAGUGGAGUAGUAAGGAACUUGCUCUGAUAUUCAUUCGAUGCGUUGAAUAGGAGGCCAUAUCAGUCACAGGAGCCAAUUUUACGGCACUGUUACAGUACCCCGAGAAAUCUUUUUAUGUUUAGUUUGUUCAUUUCGCUCACACGCCUUGAGCAGUUUCUUUUCUAAUUGUCAUGUGAAAAACUUGCGUGUCUAUAUGAGCCACAAUUCCGCCGAAUUUUACCACACAAUCACUCUUAGUUCUCUAUUAAAGCAAAAAAACUGCAUGCAAAAGAGAUUAAAUCGACCCGCCGACUAUUAAAGUUUGGGAACUAUUUGUAAAUACAUGCAUAGUUCAGCACGUUUUUAAUGAGAAAACAAAAGAUAUAUAUAUUUCAUACAUAUUUUUAAAUUACAACGUUUUUGAAAACGACAUAUAUAUAUAUAUAUAUAUUUUUUUAUAUAUAUAUAUAUAUAUAUGAUGGUCAUAUUUUCAAUUAACGAUGCUCAGCUUAAUUUUUUCGCUUGAUUGCUAUAACUCUCUUCAUUAGUAAACUCGACCACCCCCACUUAGUCAAGUUUUAUGGCACUGCAGUCGUCAAUGAAAACCACGAUUUAAAGGCGAUUCUGGUGAUGGAGCUGUGCAAGGAAGACCUGAGGAACCACUUCAAAUCUAACCCAAUAUCAGUGCCCGUAGUAUCUGGCGAGCGAAAACACGUACUUCAAGCUUUCAAGUGGGUGAUGGAAAUAUCUUCUGCUCUCGACUACAUACACCAUAAGAAAGUUGUCCACAAGGAUCUUAAGCUAGAGAAGAUCUUGGUAAGGAAUAGAGAAAAAAAAACAAGCCAUUGUUUGUUUUACCAAUCUCAGUUUCAGAAAAUUGUGUAAUACUGAAACAUAAAGUUAUUCUGUAGCCUGGGUGGACGUGGUGGAGGAAUCCGUGGGGCCCCUUCACAAUUAAUUAUUCCUAGAAGCCAUUUUUGACAUGUGUAUGCUGCAAAAUUAAAUGUGGCAAAAAAAAUAUGAUCAGUGAGUUUCGAGGAUUUAAUGAAAAUGUAGAAGGUCUAAUGUUGUUGGAGGGCAAAAUAGUGCUAAAGGUGCGAUGAAGGUAGGGCUACACCAGCCUGAGGUUAGGUGGACUCGUUAUUCUUGCCGAGCUUAGAAAGUUUUAUAACACUGUUUUUAAAACCUAACAUAAUUUUCGGUUGGAAAUAUUUCCUGACUGAAUUUCAUUCUUUUUAUUAUAACUCAAAAAGGUGUCUGAGGAAAAGUGAGUUAAAUAUACUUGUGCCAACUACGAAUAUCGUGAAUUAUAUUAUUUGAACAACUUUUUUUUUCCCUUUUCUCUCCUUGCUAUCGAAGUUAUCAGAAGACAACGCAGUGAAACUAUAUGAUUUCAGCAAUUGUAAAGAAGUAGAUUCCAUCACAGGGAAGCGCGAGGGAACUCCUCGAUACAUGGCACCUGAAGUCCUCCGUUAUGAAAUGAAUGACUUCAAGGCAGACAUCUACAGCUUUGGAAUAGUGCUAUGGGAGAUCUGGUUUGGACAAGAGGCAUUUGCAUGUGUUGAUUUACGAAACCUUCAACAUUUCAUCGACUUGGUUAGUGAAGGGCUUCGUCCAGAAGGAAAAGAGUCGAAGAAAACUCCAUGCCACUGGAAAGGGCUCAUGGAAAAGUGCUGGGAUGGAGACCCAGGAAAACGUCCGACAGCUGGGGAAUGUAAGGAAAUACUAACCAAACUUAAUAAUGAAUGGAGUGGUCAAUUAGGAGAGCCAUUCCCUAAAUGAUUUGUGAAGGCCAAUGUCUUUCACUUAUUGCUCAAAUUUAGAUAAAAAGAUCGAGAAUUUCUUUUCUUUUUUCUAACGGCACGUGAAGGCCAAUCAAUCUAAAGCAAGAACUCAAGUUUACUAUCGUUUUUGUUACACGGAUUAAUCCCUUUCUUGUAACAAAGUGUUCGUCUGCUGGCUCCUCAAGUAAAUACAUCACGAGAAGUCGAGUUCUUUCACUAGCAGACUUCUGUUUUUAACGCCUUAUGCGAGAAAUUUCUACUCUCGCUUUCAUGAAUGCCUGCAAACCCAAGAUUUAUUUCAGUCUUGGAAAUAACCUUUGAGGCAUGGAUAAACAUUAGACGAAGAAUGACUUUACAGGACAAGCAAAACUGCGAAUAGCUAAGAUACCAAAAUGAUCAAUUUACGGUUGGGCGUGCAGGGUGUUAAUAAGGGAAGAAGAGAAACUAGUAAUGCAAUUAGGUCGGCGGGUAUUUUUUGUUUGUUUAGGUAGCUUUUCUGCAUUGACUUCAAAUGCAACGCUUGAUAUAAAAAAGAGAACUGAGAUGGUUAACUAUAUCUUAAUGAAACUUUGGAAGAUUUUUGAGUUUGCACCAUACAGUAUGUAGUCAUAGUUACGGUAUUGAUGUUACUUCUUUCAUGGAGUUUGAUUUUAUUUACUCGUUUUUUCAAGUGCACCAUUUGUUAGUAUGAGAAUGUACGUUUAUAAGGGGAUGGCUUAGUUAGUGAUACCUUCCAUAAUCACAGGUCCCGUAAAUUUUUCAUCUGAUCUUGUCAGCGUCGGUGGUCGCAUUUCAAGUCUUUGUAGUGAAGUAUAGCACUUUUUCCCAUGUUCGAGGGUUCAGAGCUAGAGUGGCUUAAGUUAUCGAUGUGUGCGACUCAAGUCUGUUUAUUAACUUUGUCCUUAGUUUAAAUGUUUUGCGAUGUAGAAGCUGACAUUUAUCAGAAAAAAGUAACGACACUAUUACGCAAUAUUUUCCUGUCUUUAAUGGUACCUUGUAAUGUAGCGAGUGAAGCAAUAGGUACGUAAUGAGAAGUUGUUUAACUUUUUCGUAGUCUCGGUCUCGCACUUUCAAACCAGGAUCUCUGCCUCAGGCGAGUCUCGGAUGUAACUCUAACUCGCCAACUCAUAGUAUCUCGCCUAGGUCUUCCUCACCUUUUCAAAAGCUAAAGCGUUUUGCACUGGAGAUCCUUCUCAGCUCAAGGAAGUGAGAUAGGGACAAUUUAAAGGAGCUGUUUUCUUUCUUGACAAGAAUGAUUUUGUUUACUGCAAGAAUCAGAGAGAAGAACACCUCCACGUAUCCUUCUUAUAAUCUAAUCUUCUAUUACCUAAUCUUUUUAGAUUAGUUUUUGUAUAUCAUUGGUUUUUUAACAAAGAUGCUAAGUCAUCGGGGAAAGGUAGGGAGUACUGAAGGGAAAAACUUGAUAGGAAGAGGGUCAUACCAUCCAAAUUGAUUGAGUAAUGAUCGCGAGACACUCUCAGGACUUUCUAGUGACCUACAUUGCAUUAGAGAGCCCAUUGCAGCAAAUUCACGAGUUUUAAUGGGGAAUUUAAAGUCUCUGGCGACAAGUAUAAGACGGCAUGUGUUUCCGGACCUGACACACUCAGCAAGUUCGACCCUCCUCCUCCCUUCCUUCCCUUCUAUCAUUUUGUGUGUUUUGCAAUAUGAGCACUUUGUGCCUAUUUUCAUUAUGCCUUAGCUUUUCUAGCGCUUUAAAAAAGGAAGAUCGUUGGAUCAUUGCUUUAUUUGAAAGUUUUUUAAUGAUUAAUUAUAUUAGAUGUUAGUCAAGGCAAUAAAUCGGCCAUCCUGCUUGGCUAAAAUUUAUACCAAC